AGUUGGAUUGCACGCGAGCUGAGCGGAGCUGGGCGCGUGCAGACCAUCAGGCAGUGCAUUCUUCGCCCCGGACUCAUUUUCAGUCCUACACUUGGGUCUGAGUAAACAGCACCGCCCCGAAGGUUGUUUGUUUUAAGUGUGGAGCGAUCCAUCGCACAGCGCCGGGCUCGAUUGACACUGUCUGCUGAUCUGCUACUGCGGAUUGCUCAGAAUAACAAGGCUGCUCGCUAAUUCCCGUCUAUCGGGGCUUUCGCCGAAACACCGAGAGAGUAAGGGUCCAAAAAAAGCCAACAAGGCAGGCAAGACCGCCGCGCCGCCGGAGUCCGCACCCCACAAUGGCUUCAGGAGACCUUUACGAGGUAGGAUAAAAGCGUGUCCGCGGAAAAGGCUGUGUAAUAUUGACGAAUAAUGGAAUUAGGAAGUAAAGGGGAGGGCGUCGCGUAUGUAAAAGCGGUGUACUAAGCCCUUUAACAGGCGAAACUAACCCGUCGGAAGCUUCGCGAAGACGAGGUCGCUUAAUUUAUGCACUUACUUUGUGUCGCUUCUGCUAUACUUUGAGAGGAUUCUCGGCGGCUGUCGGAAAUAGAUAAGAUGUAUUUACGGGCUGAACUCGCCGAGUUGAAAGUCGUGGUAAAGUGACAGCAGCGCGGGCGAGCGGACGGACAUGGUGAAUAGCUCCAGACGGAGUGAUGGUCCUGAAGGUGCGCAUAAAUGCCAAAAGAUAUUUAGUCAUCCCAGCCUUUACAGCUGUGUGACUGUUUCUCUGCCUGUUUUUUUGGCACUUUAGAUGAGACAUCGGUUUAUUUUUAUCGGGCGGCGUAAACAAGUCUGUGUGAGCUUCUUUCAUGUGUGGAUUUCAGAAAUUAUGACUCCGGGACCAGCAGUGUUGGCGUAAAAGUUGCCCAAAUGGGGGGCAGGAAGGUCACGCUGCCCUCGUGCGCAACAUCACUCUGGAACCGGUGCCAGAAUUUGCGUGAAGCCUGGUUUCCACACCAGCCUCACUUACUGUCAUUAGCCCCUGUGAUGCUGACCUGGUGUUAGGCUGUAGGUUUCAGCUCAUGGUGCUGACAAAGACAGAGGGGGGAGGAGAUGUGAGCCUCCUCAACUCUGCUCCGUGUUCAAUCGUAAAGUUAACAUUCAAAUAAUGCCACAAUUAUCCAUCUGAGAUGAAACUUGGGGGUUAUCUGUGUGGUUUUAAAGUGACAGGAUGUACUCCCAGUAGCUACACACCAGAGACAUGUGCAGCAGGACACUUGCUAAAGACAUUAGGUGGAAGAAGUUUGCAGCAGUUAUAACUUGGCUCUAAAAUCUCCUCUUAAUGUUUGUUGAGGUCCUUGAUUUAAGUAUAUUUUUCUGGCAUAUUCUAACCCCAUUCAGUUCUGAAAAUACCGCUAGCAGCUCCUUUGUUGCAAAUUCACAAGUUGACUUUGGUCAAACGUCUUCUUUUGAGUCCUUAAAAAAUGAAACCCAGAUUUAAGUUUUUCACUUUGUUGAAUCACCUUUUAAAGGGAUAUUCAGGCGUAAAAUUAAUCAAGGGUCAAACCCACCGAGUUAGACACCCCCUUGAGAGAUGAAUUUUGCCGACCGCUUGCUUCUCUAGUUUUUCAAACUUUAGUGACGACCGAAGGAUAGCGAUGCACCGCGGUCUGAGGAGCCAUAAACAAACCUCAACCAAAACGCCACUCUAUAGCCACAAAUUAUAUUCAGAACUAACUUCAUCAACAGUACAUAUAGGGUCCCAGUCAUAGCACUAGCCACCAAAUAUCUUUUAAACUUUUAAACCUACUCUCUUCCAGCAGCCGCUUGUUUGUAGGGAGACUUCAGGCCAGUCCAUUAUGGACUGCUGUGGGGUGACGCAGCUCAAGGAAGAACAUUUAUGAUAAUUUCUUUAUCAUUUCCUUGAAGCAAUAAUGAUCAUAUUAAUUAUUUUGCACUGCAGACACGGUAGUUCUUUUGCCUUAGCACCUUAGUCUGAUUGCAUUUCCAUGAAGAUUGCAUUUCCAUGUGCUGUUCUGAAGAUUGUUUGUGGCUAUAGAGGGACUUUUUGGUUGAGGUGUGCAUAUGGAGAUGUAAACUACUCUGUAUUGCUAUCGUACGGUCAUUAUGAAAGUUGGUAAAACUAGAGAAGCAAUGUCGGCAACAUUCAUCUCUCAAGGGGGUGUCUAACUUGGUGUUAAGGUGUGUUUGACCCUAAAUUAAUUUUACACCAGAAUAUCCCUUUAAGGUUCAUAAAUCUUUACAAGAAUAUUACUUUUUUUUGGUAUAUCAAAAGUUUAAGUAGCUGUGAUAAGUGGAGAUAACCCUCUCAGAUUUGGGGUAAGCUCUUUGCAUUCAUGCACCUGGCUCCACUCAUUAAAUUGCUGCAGUUUGGCUCUAUAGAAAGUCUGGCUACAAACAGUGAUCUUAUCAAAGUGCUCUUGAGAAAUGAAGCCAAUCCAAGAGUGCUAAAUACUGCAGGUCCUUGAAGUUACCAGGUUAGAAGUUGUGCAUUAUUAGGAGCAUGUCGAACAACAGGUAAACACACUGUAGCUGUUAGCUGCAAGAAGGCUGAAGGCCCACCUUAACUCCACCCAUUCACCUGUUACUGGAUUGACUGAAAAAUUAGGUUGAGUCAGCAUUUCUAAUAUGAAAAUAUCUUUCAAAAUGCUGCUUUAAAAACAAGUUGUUGACGUCCCUGAGACUAUGUCCAUGAUUAAAACUGUUUAUGGCCUGCAUGUAAGACUUGCUUCAGCUUCUGCUGCAGCCCUUGUAGCUGAAGGUUGAUUAAUUUUCUGUAAUUGGCGUAUUGUGAUUUAUAUUACUGCCAAUAUAGUUUAUGUUAUGAUUGACGCAUGUGUUGGCAGGCUCAGCUUAUUUAGAGUCAUUUGAGCCAUUAGAUCCUGAACAUGCUCCGGUGACAGUAUGUUCCCCUCAGAGUGACUAGUGUCAUGAAGCUGACUAGAGUUUGCUGGAUCAGUUUUAAAAUGAAACGACCAAAUACAUAUUUAAAAUAUGGAGAAUGGUGUGUCCUAUUGUCAGAGUUUAUAGCAAGUAAUAACUUUGGUGAGUGUAUGCCAGCGCCAAUAAAGGGGUUGAUAAUGUUAUUGAUGUGGUGUGUUUGUAGCCUGCUGCAGGACGCUGUUUAAUAAGUGCUGUUAAUAAUGUCAUUUCACUGCCAGUCUGUUUUGGUAAUCUUUUUUUAUUUUAUGAAUCAUUUGAUGAUUAUGAUAGUUGGGAUUAAAUAAGAGAGAAAGAAAAAAAGAAAGAAGAAACACAAAGAUGAACUCCAACUCUUCUUCUUCUUCUAUGUAAAAACAGGCUCUGGUAUUGGGUUCCUCUCUAGUAAUAAUGAGUGGACAAAAUGUGUUCAAUAUUGGAGGAAGAACAAUGACAACAGAUUUUUUGAUAGCUCUGAAUAAUAUUACACUCUCUGCUAACUCUUCACUGUUGCUUCAAGCUAUUGUUUUUAUAAUUUACUAGAUUUUUGGGGGUACUGGGUUGGUGCAUUGACAGGCAUACUGUGCAGAGGCCAACACUAAUUCCCAUAUAACACACAAACUUGAUCAGCCUCUGGAGCACGGAUAAACCUGGACUUUUCCCCAUAAAGAACAUCUUGAUAUUACUCAUAGGUUUGUAAAAAGACUGUGUUAAGCUUUACUGUGAGCUAUUAAAUGUCUUUUCAGGUGGAAAUUCAUUUUUUUGGAAAGUAGAUAUGAGAGUGAAUGAGGCCAGGCUUUGACUGAAAGACUUGAGGAUGUUUAACACAGUGACCUUCAGGACUGAAUGAAAAAGACUGCGACCCUGGUCUGGUUUUGAAACUCAUUACUUGUUUGGAAGAGGUGAAACGUGUGAAAGGAAAACCUGACUGAUUUCAGCGGUUGGUGAAAUGCAAGGUUGCAUGCUGCGUUGAUCUGUGACUGGGUCAUUAUUCUUUUUUCUUGAUGGCAGUGGGUUAACUAACAAGCUGUGUUGCACUGAUAUGAUGACAUUAAGGCAUCUGAGAAGUAAAAAGUGAAAGCAAUACAGGAGACUCUUGGCUAAAGGUCAGGCUUUCUGCCGACUUUGUAAAAUGCGACGAGGCAGCAGACACAGCGCAAUAAACUUACAGUAUCAGCUCUUAAAGUUUGUUUAAACCAUUCAUUUAUGAAAGUUACUGUCAAGAGGUGCACAUUACUCACUCUGGAUUAAAAGAAAAACUUUUAAAAUGUGCUGCAAGAUAGACUCUGAUCUUUUUCCAUUCCUUUUUGCACAAAUAUGUUUUUUGUCCACUGCCAACAGCUGGAAUUUUCUCCAAGUAUUGAAACUUAGUCUAAAAACAAGCCCUUUGGGGACUCAAAGCCUCCUGAAAGCUUAAGUGUAAAUGUCAAAAACAAUGGAUUUACACCUGUGCUCAUGUGAACUGAUAGAAAAUGGCAUCAACCCUUUGCCGUUUGAAGAGACAGGUCAAAAAAAUGUGCUGAAGCUAGGCUUACUUCAGACAAGCCUCUGAAUUUUUGGUUGUUCUGCUGUCAUUCAUUUUACAUUGAGUAUUUCCUGCAAAUUUUGUACCUCUGAGUUUUGCAGUUUCUAUUCAGAGACGCCUAAUAAUGUUCCCUUUCCCCCAAGGUUGUAUGAGAGUAGUUGUGUGUGUGUGUCAGAAGGAUAUAACAACACCACAGAAAGUAAACUUGACAGUUUUAUGGAGGAGGUUCAGUAUGUUUUUUAUAUAGUGCAGAUCUGAGGUCUAUCAAUGUGAGAUGGAAAAAAAAAAAACACAGUAAUCUCUUUCAAACGUACGUCUCAGUUGCCUUCCUCUUGAUGACUGUGUUAUGCUGACAUUGGCCUGCUCCCUCCACUCACAUCAUCUUAAACUAAAGUUCAUGUACUAGUGUUGAGAACUGGUUGUGACUGGUUUGGUCAGCUGGUUGUUUUAUGGAAAAAUAUAUACAAUAUAAGAUUCACUUGUUUUUUUUGUCACCUUUCAUUCAAAAACAAAGUCAGUUUGCUGAUACAGUCACUUUGUGGUUUGUUGUGGGAGUGAGGCAUCAAGUGAAGCCACUUCCUCAACACUCACAGGGAAGGAUGCGUUUGAUUUGCUGUUCUCAUCCUCUUCAAAUUCAUGGACUGACUUCAAGAAGAGAUUUUAGAUAUGACAGCUGUCUAAUAUUAGACAUCAGUGUACGAUUCUAUUCUAUAAUGUCACUGCUUUUCCUCAUACAAAGUUAUAUAGAUGAGACUUGUUGUUUGUGGAUUUGUCCAGUGAGUGUUUCAUUUCUUUAUCUCUCAUAAAGGCCUUUGGGUUAAGCCCUUUUCACACAUACACUUCUAUAACUUCCUCACACUGGGUAUGUUAACAUGUUGUUUAAAUAUAAUUGAAUGCAUUAGUCUGACUUAAAAUUGACUUUUUAAAGCAUGUAAUGGUGGUUGUCUGACUUAAAUUGCUCUAAAUCAAACUUCUUAUAGUCAGAAUAACAUAUCUGUAACUGCCCUAUGCAUUUUGUGCACAACCUGGAAGUUGAAUAGCAUUAGUGUUAAUUUUAGCAGCUAUUUUAGGGUUAGCCUCUCAGUGGACUUGGACUAAAAAUUCACUUAUUUUUAAGCACAUUUUAGUCUUUUUUGGCCUUUAUGGCUUUCAUCUAGUUUUUGUUGACAAAAACCCAAAGCAUUUUACUUAAGAUGUUUUUAAUAAAAAAGUCUUUACAUUUUGUUCAUCAAAACUUUUUCUGUUUUCAAACUGAUUCAGUCAGCCAAUUUAAAACUGGUUCGAAGGUUUUGCUGUUGUUUAAACUGGUAGUCUUUAACUCUAUAGGAUUGAACAUGUGUGACAUUUUAUAUUUUAAUUUUUCUAGUGAUGGAUUAGAUGUGCAGGGAGGGAAAUGUGAUGAACUUUUAAUGUCCAGUGUUCCACUUAAAACAGUUGCACCUUGCCAUCAUCACCUUAACAAAAAUAAAAGCUAUCAGUUAGUGAAGUCUAAAGGCAGCAAAAAGUCAGAGUUAGCUAAUGUGGUCAGAAAAUUGUACCACUAGCGAGUUUUCGGUGUCAUGACAUUUGUAUUUGAGUUUUUCCUUUUUUUUCCCUUUUUUUUUGCACUACAAUUGUCAGCAUUUUUUUUAACACUCUUGUGUUUGUGCUACAAAAAUAUCUCAAUACAGGUUGUAGUUAUAGUCACACAGCAGUUAUCAUUGCUGAGAACUCCCCCCUCCACUUCUCAGCCUCCCUCUGUCACCUAAACCAAACAGGGUAUUUCAAGAUGUGAGAGCCUGUCACAGUUAAUGUUCUGGCACAUUCCUGAAAAUAAUUUUUAAAUGAGGAUUUUUGAUUUCGUGUGUGAAAAGGGUUUGAGAUUAGAUCAUUACACUGCACCGGCCAAAUCAAACAGACUGCACAUUGGAGAUGCAUCCUUCUAUCUUAAUGCUCCAGUAUGUGUACGCUGUAGACACUUUGAAGCUUCUGCUCGAAGCUGCAUCUCCUUCACGAUGCCCUGAACAUUUAUCCUGGUGAGUUUUUUGAUCUUCAGCAUUUUUAUCUUAUCUGCAGAAUUUUGUUUAUGAAGGAAAAUAUUUCAGCACCUCUUUGACAAAUUCCAAUGUAACGCUUUCACACGACGUUUAACUUUUAACAACUUUAGUGAGGUUCCUGUUACUGGAGACGUUUAUAUGUUUCAUGCAUAUGUCUCUCUGAACUGACCAUGUAAAGGAAGUCAGUAAGAACCAAAAGAACAGCUCUGUGAAAAUGUGCUCUUCAAUCAGUCUGUGGCUGUAGUCUGUGUUCAUUACCUAAAUGAGUAAAACAGUAGCUCGUAACGCUACUCGCUCCGGUCUAUGUGUGGAGAAUGAGGUGUCAAUGAGGUGGAUUUCAGCUGAGGGAUUUCAGUGAGAUCACCAGGCUCGGAGAAAAGAUAACAAUGUGUUGGUGUGGUCUGAGACAGGUGAUGACAGGUAUGUCAUGCACACCAUGACAUCACUUUUUGGUGUGGUUAAAGGUGCAUCAGUAGAAACCUUUUGACCCUCUCUCUUCAUCCACUAGAAGUCUGUCAUGCGAACUGAACAAACUGUCUUGUCAAACCCUUUUUGCACUCAGAUUUGCAGCUGACAGACAGAUAUGCCAACCUUCACUGUUCCAGCCUGUGCAUGGAGUUACUGAAGCCCUCACUUUUCAUCCCUUUACAUUUAACACACAUGUUAUGUGGUAGAGUGUGACAAAUUCUGGGUCUUUAAGUCUUCAAAGUCCCUCUUCAGUUUAAGGACACACCAAAAACUCAUCCAAUGGUGCAAUCCACUCCUGAAGUUUUGGAGAAUAGUGUUCAUGCUGCCUUUAAAGGGAUAUUUCAGCGUAAAUUUAAGUUAUGGUCUAAUACACCAUAACACCAAGUUAGACACCCCCUCAAGAGAUGAAUGUUGCCGACUGCUUGCUUCUCUAGUUAAACCAAGUUCAGCAACAACCGCACAAUAGCAAUACACAGCGGUCUAUGGAUCCACGUACAAACCUCAACCAAAAAGCCACUCUAUAGCCACAAACAAUGCUCAGAACAGCACCUAGCUUCAUCAGCAGUAUAGGGUCCCAGCCACAGUACUUGCCACCAAACAUCUUUUUAGCUUGGCCUGAUUUCCUUAAAAAGAGACCAAACACAACUCACCCACUCUCCUCCAAUAGCUGCUUGUUUGUGGGCCAUGGCGAGUUGAUCACUGAGUGCAGCGGAAAAUUUAUGAUUAUUACUUGAUGGAAAUGCAAUCAGACUGAGACGCUAAGGCAGAAGAACUACCGUGUCUGCAGUGCACAUACAAGAUACACAAGAACUCUGAUUGAAUUUCCAUGAAGUAAUAAUCAUAAAUGUGCUUCCUUGAUCUGCAAAACUCUGCUGCACUCGGUGAUCGACUCGCCAGGGCUUCCCCACAAACAAGCAGCUGCUGGAGGAGAGUGGAUGAGUUGUGUUUGGUCUCUUUACUAAAGAAACCAGGCAACGCUAAAACAAUAUUUAGUGGCUAGUACUAUGCUGGGACCCUAUAUGUACUGUUGAUGAAGUUAGGUGCUGUUCUGAGCAUUAUUUGUUGCUAUAGAGUGGCUUUUUGGUUGAGGUUUGAGCGUGGAGACAUAGACCACUGUGUAUUGCUAUCGUACAGCUGUUACCAAAGUUGGUAUCACUAGAGAAGUAAGCAGUCAGUAACAUUUAUCUUUUGAGGGGUUGUCUAACUCGGUGUUACAAUACGCCGGAAUAUCCCUUUAACCGCUUAAAAAUGUUUAAAUAUAUCUACCAGUUCUGGGUUAACAAGCGUUUCCUGAUUGAUCUCCACUGCUCAGAGAAAAAAAGAGAUGGUUUCUGAUCUUGUUCAAAAAGAAAAAAAGUUAAAUGUGGCACUGAGGUUUUGGAUGAGGAUUUUUCUCAGUUUUAGCAAAAGUUGAACUGACACAAGAAAAAGAGGUUAAUGGGAAUCACAGGAGGUGAUCAUUUAUAGUGCAGUGAACGAACACUGUUGAGUGUCUGGCAUUCAUUUUCCAAUAUAACUCCAGGAGUGGAUUAGAAACGAGGCAACUGUCAGAUAAAACAGCAAACAAACCAUUUACCCAGUGUGAACUCAUCUAUGGGUGGCAUAUAGACUGUAUAGAACAAAGACAUGAUUUCAGUAUUGAAGACCCAGUUUGAAGAGAUAUUUGGAAGCCACAUGACGGCAGAUCAAAUCUGGCGACUCACUGAGCCUAACUUAUAGAAACCAUCAAAAUGAUAGAGAUACUUCAGUAUUUUUAAAGUAAGGUUGUAUGAGUUCUAUGUCACCUGGAAGUAUAUUGGCCAUAAUGGAUGUUGGUCAAAAACCAUUGAGAGGAAGAGCUGACAGAGCUGUUGACGUGCUGUUUACUGUUGACUCGCAUGGACACUUUGGACACUAUGAUCAGGAGUUUACAGAGGGGUAAAAAAGGCAACUUAGGAAAAAAUAAGAAGAGCUCCUAAGUUUCCUCUCUGUGUAGGUCAAGUCAAUUCAAAGUUUAUUUAUAAAGCACCUUUAAAAGACAGCAGUCAAACAAAGUGCUGUACAUGGGAUGAAUAAUAGAAGUAAAUAAAUAGAUGGAUAACAAUAAAAAAUAAAUAAAAUUAAAAACAGUGGAAUAAAAUACACACAGUACAAGGUGUGUAAACCUGCACCAACAGGUAAUAUGUUAACAUCUUUGUUGGGUUCUGCUGUAAAAAUAAUCAAAGCUGGGCUCCACUGAUUAGCCAAAUACUGUGAAUGCAUGUUUAUUACAGUUCCAUGUUAAAGUUCAAGUUUUUUCUUUUUUCUUCUUCCAUCAACAGCAGUGUUUUGCUUGUUGUUUAUUUUGCAGAAAUAAUGCAAAUCAUAAUUUCUUACCAAACACCAAGUACAAAGUCUGUUAUCUAUUCACUGACCCCACCCCCAACCCUGCACCAUGUGUCCCGGAACAUGCCUGGUGGAAAUCAGGUCUCACAGAGUUCACUCUCUGGUUUAAAGCAACCAUUUGGGUGAAACAAAAGUGAGCUCAAACAGAGUUAUGACAUGCACAUCCUUUGUGUUGUAGGACUGUGUGUACACAACUUCACUCCAACAGCUCAGUGUUGAUCAAAGGUUGAGCAGAAUGAAGCAACUCAAGAUGUGGUGGACUUUUUUACUUUGGGGAUUUGGGGUAAAUGUUACCCAGAGGAAUGAGUUAGAUUGUCUCUUAACUGGAAAUCUGAAUUUCCUCUUUUCACUCUUAUGUAAAAGCCUGCUGUCGGGAAACCUUCCCAGGCCUGCUGUCAUUGUGCAGCGUAUUAAAGCAUAAUGAUGUUCAACUGGAUUUUGAGUAUGACAUUCACACCGUGGUGAUGAUGGUCAUUGCUUUGCACUGAGUGUUUUGGAGAGGUACUGUAAGCUUAUAAGUCCAGCUUUGAUGUUGUCCUUUUCAGUGGACUUGAGUGCUGCAAUUUUCUAGACUUGUUGGGCUGUUCUGGCUUGUUGGAGUGGGUGGAUGAGUAUGUCCACACAAAGCUGUAAAAGCAUCUUUUUUCUCUCCAUUUGCAGUCUCCUGUCCACUCCAAAACCAUGUUAUCUCAGCCAAAGGAGAAACUUUCAAAAGUGAAUUCCAGUGUAUAGAUUUUUAGAUGCUUGCUCUCGGUGUGUGGGGAUUUGGUCUGAAAAGUAGGAAAGUUAUAAAGUCACCCCUUCAGUCAACUCUCUUCCCACAGUUAUAGGUCAUUUUUAUGCUGCGAGAGACAAAAGAAGGUGCAUCUGUUAUGAAAACCUGCAUUUGCACCAACUCUCUGCAGGCGUUAUAGAGAAUAACCAACAUUUCAGUCCGGUGGCCUUACAUCAAAGUCCUCUUUCUUGUAAUGCGGAUAACUGUAUGGUCCCUUACCCCCAGAUGUUGGCUGUGAUGCUCAGUUUCAUUGUUUGCCAACUUAAACGAGGAUGAAAAAGAAAAAGAUUUUGACCUUUUCCCCCUUGCGCUGAAAGGACCCCUAGAAAAGUACCUGGCACAAGUUGUUUCACCCAAAAAUAGCAUUUUUCAGCUCGGCAGAUCAGUGUUUGGUCCUCAUGUCAACAUUCCUGCUGAUGGUUUGUCAGAGUUUAUACACAGCAUGUGAUGAACUCAGUACCUUCUGGUCGUGUUGAGGAUACGCUGCCCCACAUUUACUGAUUUCAUGCCAGCUUAUACUCGAGCAUCAAGUGUUUCUGAACCUCUCGGCUCUGUGUGCACAAGUUUACCCCACGCUUUCUCUCUUUUUCUCUGCAUGUGUCUUUCUCUGCAGUGCUGUUUAGCAUGGCAUUGUUUGGGACAGAACGCAACCUAAUCGUCUCUUGGUUUCUGUGACACCCCUGCGGCUCACCCAUCAAAGGCUGUUUAUCCCCCUUAAUGUGAGCAGCACAUCUGAGAAGAUGAUGAGUGGUUAUUACCACAGCUGUAAGACAGUCUCUGAUGACACCUUCCAACAUUUUCCGUCAGUCUCUUUGCUCCUCACAAAUGAGCAUUAUUUAACAUAUUCUCACUCAACUGUGUCUUGUUUGCAUUCCUGCUUGUCCUUAGAGUAAAUGUAACCGACUGCUGUGAAAUCAUAAAAACACAAAGAUGUUUUGUGUGUGCAUUUUGUGGCUUCGUUAUAUGUUUGUUGUGCUGCAGCCAGUAAUCCCUAUGUAUGCAUAUCCAUCUAACAGCAGUGGUGCAGGGCUAAUUGUGAAUUGCUGUGAUAUUCUUGUGGUGUAUAUGGUGAUGUUGGUCUCUGGUUAUUAGCUCCAGAGAAAAAUGCUGCAUUAAUCUCCAGCAGCCAUAAGCCUACGUCUAAGUUCCUUUAAAAGAGCAGGGGCAGAGAGUGAUGAUUGGAGUCACUCCAGUCAUGAUACCCCAGACGCAGUUACUGUAAAUUGUUGUUGGCAAAUGUGUGAAAUGCUGUUAUUACACGCUGCGUUUGAGUCAUCAAUUGACAGCCGAGCCACGCCAUACUGCCAGGGACACAAGUUGAGUGUCUGAGGAUGUGAGACCCGCUACAUCUGUGAGUCACCAUGAAUUUAUUUUAGUUAGUGUGAGCAUAGAUGGACCUGCGCCACUUCUGCCAUCCUCUCAUGAUGUCAUGUUAAGGGUGGGAAACUUGUAAAGUGCUAUCAUGUAUUAUUAAUCUGAAAAAAAAACCCUUUCACACAUGAAGAAAGUCCCUUAAAAUGUCUCAAAGUUAUGCUGGUGAGCUGUAAAUGUGAACACAAACAGCCAAGUUAUCCUCUUUACUUCACCCGGAUUACCGCCUGCUAACCCCCUAGUGUCAUUUUGGGGUAAAAUUCGAGUGAGGUCAUGUGAGGACGCAACAGCAAAUCCUCUGUAAAAUUCCCUGCUGGUGUUGUGGGAAGUUUUGCUUCUUGGUAAAACUGUAGCUGUAGCAAAAAUCAAUAACAUUUAUUAAUUUAACCUUUAUUUAGCAGGGUGAGCCCCGCUGCAUUCAGAGAUAUUUUUUUUCUUCCAAAGGAUACCAAGCCAAGGAUGGCAGCAACACAAAGUUUAGGAAGCAAAACACAGUCACAGGAUAGAGCUAGAACAUCAAUCACAGAAGAAACCUUUGCAUGCAGAAAGUCUGGAUUAUAGACUUCUCACACCUAUUGCAGUAAACCCAGAUUAAUGAAGUUUGUUUAAAAUCAGCCUGUAAAUCAGUCUAAAUCAAACAUUUUCAAACACAGAGAUCCAAUCCACUUCUUCAGUGAGCAAUAUUUAGUAGCAAUAAAGCAAAUUUAUGUGUGGUUCGUAUUAAACAUUGAGUUUGUUUUUGAAUCUUUAAAGCAUUAAACACAAACUUUUCACAGACUCAUCAAUUUUUCAGCACUUUUUGUUUUGCUUACCAUGCUGCAUACUGAUAAAACUGUUUCAGAAAAAAAUGAUCACUCUCUCAUUAUUUGAUUGGUAAUUCAGCGAGCAUAAUAAUUUGAAGACUUGCUUUUGUUAACUAACUUUUAACUUUUAAAUUAACUUUCUUUCGUCAUGUUAAAAAGCCUGAAUUUUGUCUUACUAAACUAAUAAACUUCUGUAUGGCAACAUCUUUGCUUUAUAUUAAGGCUUGGUUAUUUUUAUUUAUUAAUCCUGUUUAAUGAGAACAACAUGGGCUUUCCUACUUCUGUUGUGACCUUAAAAAGCAGAUUUUUAAGGUGUCUUCAUAACAGCCUGCAGCUCGUCUUAGCUCCACUCAGGCCUCUUAUCUUUCCUCUGCAGGGAAUUAGCUCUUAUCUUAAAGUCGACAUAUGUCACAAAAUGUUUCUUUUUAAAGAUUUAACACCCCCUGGCAAUGUCUCAGAAAUGAGAGCUCACGUGUAUUAAAAAACAAAGGUUCAUCCUCUGGGGACUAUAUAAGUGCAAAGCCACUUUCUCUCUGACAAAUCUGUUUUGAUCAAGUAUAAUCUUGAAUGUAACAGGAAAAAACUUCUAUUAUCAUAGACAUGGCUCAAAUGUGACAUGAGGGUAAACCUUUUUUCCUUUUCCUCAUUCGAUAAGCAGAUAAUACUGUAUCAAUUGAUUGGAAACAGAUUCACUUCACUCUUCCUCAGCUUGGGUUUGAGGUUCAUGGUCCCUCUCUGGCAUCAUCUCUUUGUUUUAGCUGUUGUCCAAAACCAGAUGUGAAUGCGUCAGUUUUCUAAUUGUGUUUAAAAGUCUGGCUUCAUGCGUCUUCGCUGCUCUGAGUACCAAAAGGAAACAAACAGACACAAGGUCUGUCUCCUACACGGUAUUUCUGCAGGAUUGGAGAUUGUGACUGUGUUAGGAGGUUUUAGAAAAAAAGUAGCUGCAUGAGCUACAAGUGUUGGACUGUCAUAGGAAUAUUGUGCUACUAUAUGAUACUGUGGAUAAGAAAUAAUCAAAAAAUGAGAGUACACUGUUAUAAUCAUUUUUUUCAUCUUUUAACAGACAUCGAGAGAUUUUUUUUGGUUCAAUUAUUUUAACUCUUUGUCUGACUCGUCAUCUUUUUGUUUGCUGUCCAAAGGUGGAGCGGAUCGUGGACAAAAGGCGGAACAAGAAGGGGAAGUGGGAGUACCUGAUCAGGUGGAAAGGUUAUGGCAGUAAGGAGGACACGUGGGAGCCAGAGCAUCACCUCCUGCACUGUGAAGAGUUCAUCGACCAGUUCAACAGCUUGAGGCUGCACUCGCACAAAAGACCCAAAGUCCCCAAAAGUCGUCAGGAAUCCACUUUCCCAGGCCACCAGCCAGCCACAGAAAACUCCAGAGCUCGGUCUGAGGCUCGGAAGAAGAAAAGGACUUUCGGCCCGGCUGUUGGGGUCAGAGUCGGAGCUGUUUUAGGGAUGGGUGGUGGAGGGUCGGGACACAGUCAGAAGCAGAAGAAGGUGGGUGUAACGCCUGGGAAACAUGCACUAGGAGACAGAUUAGGCAAAGUCAUGACGUAUAAGGCUACUCCUCAGGGGGGUCCUCACCUUGUCCCUCCACUGAGGGUUUCUCAUAAUGGACUCCAGAAUGGAGAGAUGGAGCCUCUUAUGUACAGAUCAGCCGCAAGGCCACAUCGACCACCUGUGGACAAAGUGGAGGGGGUAACAGGAGACACGGACAACACUGGACAGCAGUUCACCACUGAGAGAGGUGAGUUAUUAAGACACAAAAAGAAAUGAAACACGAAGAAAUAGCAGUUGUGAUCGGAAGUUUGAGGUUCAGGAUCUAAGAAAUAGUUAUUCACAAUAAUUUACAGAAAAAAUGUCUCCCUAGACUUUACAAAAUAAAAAAACAGCCUCUAAAAACAUGCUUUUAAUUUCUAAGAACCAGAGUGUUCUCUUCUUUCUCUUUUCCAUCUCUUCUCUUUAUCGUCCUGUUAUGAUUUUGCUGUUAGAAAUUAAAGGCAGAAUGGCAACAAACAACAUCGUACAGAAACAUACAAGUUAGAUAGUUGUGCUCUGAAUGGAAACACAUGCUGGACAGUCACCUGCUCAACACAGUCAGCCAUUCUGCUCUUGGUGGGCAGAGACACAUGCGGUUGGUCCAUGCAAGCACAUGUGAGUUUUCAGUUUUCUUCUGUGGAGAAAAGUUAAAACUGCCUCCUUUAUGGUGCCUUUGAACAUUCUCGUCCAUGUCACACAGCUGAAAAAACACUGUAUUUAUGUUAGGAAGUAUUUUUGUUGUGCUUUUUUGGCCUUUAUCUGACAGCAUGGCUCGAUGAAUAGAGCAGAUAGUUGGGGGAGGGAGUAGGAAGAGACAUGCAGGACAGGAGCCGCAUGUCAGAGUUGUACAUGAGCCGCCAUUAACAUGGGCAGCUAGGCCAGCUGUGCUCCACUAUCUAUGGUUUUGUAUGAAAAAUAAAUAAGCUGAAAGCUCCCAUGAGAAAAUUUCAGUUUGUGCCGAUUAUGGCGCCCCCUGUGGACAAAGCAAGGCAAAGUUUAUUUGUAUUGCACCAUUCAUACACAAGGCAAUUCACAGUGCUCUACAGAUGCAAGGAAAUACAUUGGAGAUAAAAAAAAGAGAACUUAAAACAAUUUAAGAUCAAUUAUAAUAAUGAUCAAUUUCCACCACAUCCAAAAUGGCUACAAAAAGGCCGUAUUCACCGAUUGCAGCUGAUCGUAACCAUUCAAGUUCAUGUGUCAAUUUCCACCGGCCUCGUUCCGUUAUGCUGCGGAUUGCCAGACUCCACAGCUGAUCGCAAGAGUUCUGUUGUUUCCGGACGCCGGAGCAUGCCAGAUAAAUUCAGCGCAGAUUCACCCAUGCUGAAAAGGAAGUCACGUACAGACACAAAGUAAAACAUCCAGCUUCUUUUCAAAAUAAAACACAUGGAUCGUAUUUCACACCAUGCAAACGGGCGAAGACGAACGAGUGAAAAGUUUUUAGACAGCAUUUCAUCCCGAUGACACCAUGGAUGAGGUGAUGCUGAUUUUAGAAGUCUAGAGGUGGAUCUCCUCUUUUUGAAGGACACAGUCUACUGCUUUUAUGGUUAGCCUCUGUGGCUGUCUAUAUAGAGAUAACUCGUUAUUGCGUGAUUGCACAUGAAUCUGCGGGUUCUUGUGAGUUCUCGUGAUUACCGCUGUCAGUAAUCCGCCACAAAAUUCGCCUCAAGAACGAAUUCAGUAGGAAUUGGCGGAUGGCGAAAAUCGACGCCGUUCUGGAUCGGAGCUGUUCCGGAUGGGGUGAAAAUUGGGGUAAGACAUAAAACAAUCUAAAAUCAAUAAGACCAACGGAUAUUUUUUUUUUAUGUCUUCAGUGUUUGCCCUGAUUACUUAUGAAAACCGUCAGUUCCCAGAAAAACAAAAUAAGUCACAAGCUUUCAGACCCAGAACCCCCCAGAUGAUAAGAAGUUUUCUCUUCGUCCAUCUAGUACGAUGUUAGUUUUCUCUUCAUCUCUCAGACGUAAUUAGUUUAGUGUAUGUUUUAUCUUGUUUUUUUACAUACUUAAGUUGCAUCCUCCAACACAAUUCCUUUCUUAUCCUGCCGACUAGUUAAACGUGUCUUUUAUAGCGAAUAUUUAAUGAGGAAAAUGUAAAAACAGGAGUUUCUGCAGCUGCUUGACUGACACUGUUUGCUGAUGGUCUUUUUUGUUUUUUUUAUUUAAUUAAAAAAGCAUCAAUAUGAAUAUCAGUCCAUUUCCUGAACAUCAAGAAGCUCACAGGAACUUUAAGUAAUUUCUUUGCAUAUAUAAGAUUUAAACAACAGCUGGAAAAAAUGCUUAAAAUAAAUACUGACCCAUUUAUAAUUGCUAAAGUAAACAGUAUCCUUCAUUUAUAAUACAGAACAGUGAUUUCAAAACUGUGUUUUAGUUGGCACAAACUGGUUGAAAACUGGUUGCACUGGUUGUGCAGAAAUCUCUUGUAAAGUUUUUAAAGAUUUGAAGACAAUGGAGGAGAGAACAAGAACAGGAGGGUGCCACUGACAGCUGGCCGUAAUCCCAACCACAAAUGUUUUGCCUUAUCCAGUGUUAAAUUUAGCCUUAACUAACUUGAGAUAACAAAAAAAUCUUCAUCUUGAUGAACAUGUGAUCAACAGUCUAUGUAAUACUGGAGUUUUUCUAAAUAACCUCUGAGUGGAUUUUUUAGCCCAUUGUGCUCAAGUUCUUGGUUAUAUAUUUUCUUUUAUACAAGCCAAAGAUAGAUCUGUGAUAAGCUAAAAAUGGCUUAUGGCGUCUAUCAGCCGAGCAGAUGUAUCUGUUCGUGUCUAAUGGGAAAUGUAGUGGAGUGUGAACUUUUCUUCAUGAAUAUGAAUAACACAGGUACUGAAAAGUUCUCAGCACACCAGGCUGCUGCUGCUGCUGCUGCACUCAGAGGUCUGUUCAGGUAUCCCACCAUCAGCUCUUUAUGAGGUUUAUAAAAUCUUUCUGCGUGAUGAAUAUUACCUCUUGCAUGAUCGAUUAGGUGUCUAUAAAAGAUAAACACAGUAUGUUUCAACAGGAAAACUCUUAAAUUGUAGAGACUAGUGCUGACACAUGGCUCUUUAACCUCUCGCUGUGGCUCUUUACAGCAGGAGCAGCUGAUAACACCUCUGAAUUUCACUCCCGGGUCACAGUCCAUCCUUCACCACUCUGGUUAAUAAUUAUAUACAAUUGAAAUAGUCAUUUAACCAAACCUGAAUGGGUUUGUUUUUCUCACCAAAAUUCACAUACCAGCUGUGCAAUUAUAAAUUUAACAACAUGGACAAGUUUUGUUUUUUGAACUGUUGUGUUUCGCAGCUCAAAUUAACUUCAGUCGUGCUCUUCCCCACCAUUAUCAUCAGCAUCAGCCUUUAUUUAAACCCUGAAAAUCACUGAGGUUUCCACAUUUACAACAAUGUCAAGAUACGAUUAAAACAAACCAAAACAAACUCAACAGAUUAGUUUUCAGUGAAAGCAACUUCAGACGGAGACUAAUGGUUUGAGAUAAUUGUCUCAGUGUGAGUGUUGUUCCUUAGAUAUCAUUGUAAAUAAUUCCUCUUGUCUAGAGCACAAAAACUAAAGGCUGAUUUUUAAGUUUAGAUCAAACCUGAAGCAUUUUAGAGUCAGUUUGAUCAGGUCCUGUGGUCUAGUUUAGCUCAUUUCGUAUAAACAGUGCAUUGGUGGAUGUCCAGUAGUGUUAGUUUUGGCCGCUUAGUCUCAGUCUUUGGAAGAAAAACUCAAACAUGUCUAGUUUUAGUCAAUAACAGUCAUUUUGUUUUAGGCAUAACUCUUAAGGUUCUUUCACACGGGACCGUUUUUGUCGUGCAAUUAUUUCUGCGAUAUUGCGGCAUUUAGUCUUCAGAUCAUGUAUGUGAAACUUUUUCUAAAGUUUCGCAUACUAUAUGUCCACUUCUGACCAAUCAGAUUGCGUGUUGUUGUGGCAUCUGAGUCACCGGUAAAGCCAACAUGGCCGACCGGCUGAUUGUUUACAUGUCGGAAAACAGAGUGUUUAUUGAUUCUCUAUCACAAUGCAAUGCUGCUGUGCUGUCACUCUGAUCUACUUAGGUGAGGAAAGUUUAUUAAACACAGAAAAAAUUGGUAAUAUAAAGGAAUGAUCUUUACUUCAAAACAAGACAUUAAACACUCUUUCUGUGGCUACUAUAUCUAUGUGAUUAAGAACAUUUUUAACUUUAAAUGAACCCCAUUAACUACACAUGUACAGUAUAAGUUCAUAAUAAAAGGUGCUGUGUUCUACUUGUUAGACUGAUCCAUUAGCUGACUAAUUAAUCAGCCCAUAUGUUGCUGGCUUAGAUAACCAUGAAUAUUUGAUUUUAAUGUGUGUUAAGUGAUGGAUUUAUAGAUAACUUUAAAGCAAAUAUAGCUGCAAUAUUUACUUUUAAUUUUUCUUUUCUAUACAUAAUAUGAUCAGAUGUUCAGCUCAGCAUAUUUUUUUCCUGAUUGGUUAGUGUUAUCAAAUUGUUUUAUCUUUUCAAAGGCAAGACAAAGAAAAGACAAAAAUGCAGAGGAGUCAAACCCAGUAGAACAAAGUGUUUGAAUAUAAAAGCUUCUUUUGAUAGGUUAAAAAAAAACCUUGUCUCUUUUGGAAACAAGAUGAUUCAAAGUGAUGUGACAGCAGAGACAGUGUUAUGUAGGAAUUUGACACAAGACUGAUGAGAGCUGCAAAUGGAAAGACCUUGAGUUGGUUAUUUAUCUGUGAUUUAAGGAUUUCAGUCUGACAGAGAAGUUUGGAUACGGGACAGAAAUGACUUUGAUCACCAUUGUCCCCUCCUUAUGCCAUGGAGCACGUAAGCAGUUUUUCAGAGAUUGACACAAAUAGACAGAUAAAAAUGUGUUUCAUUUGCUCCCAAAUAAGAGGAAAUUAAAAAGAAGGGAUCAGGGUUAUCUUCACCAGCUGAUAUCCUGGGAUAUUAGCUUCAUACAUUGUAUUGAGAUUAAGUGGUAAGUGAGAAGUUUGAUUCACAGGGUGUGUUAGGGUGGCCCUGACGGUUGACUGCUUUAAGAUUUGUUGACAUAGAUAAACAAAUAAAUGAAUGAAAAGCAAAUAAAAAAAUUAUGGGACCCCCAAAACAUUUCAAUAAACAUAAACCCAUUUCAUAAUACUCCAAAAAUUCAUGUAGAAAAAAAAAACAUAAAAUAUCGAAAAAGAAACAAAAUUAUUCAGGAAACAGAAAUGUAAAAAAAAAAACAAACAAAAAAAAAACCUGAUAGAUAUUCUAUGAUUAAAAAAAUUCACAAAAUGCAAAACCUAUAUUUAUUCAUGAAAAGUCCACUUUGGACUUGUACAUGAAAAGUUCGGAAAAAUGUCAUUUUUCUUACUGAACACAAAUAUUCUGCAAAUUAUGAAAAAAUCAAGAGUGCCAGACAGUUUAUGAAAUCAUGUUUCAUGUUUUUUUUGUUUGUUUGUUUUGCCUUUUUAGUUGUUUCAUUUGGUCAAAAAAAUGUGCAUGUUGUGUAUCUGACAUUCUCUGAAAUUUAUCCUCUGGUUGUGACGUUUAGUGAAAAAGGAUUGUUGUUGUAAAAUGUCCGAGUUGUUAACUACUUUGGAUUGAAAAACAAAUGAUUUUUAAUCAAACAACCAUGACUGUCUGUAAAAGUUCUGUCAGAAAUCAGUCCUUCCGCAUGUAAAACCAUUUUAUUUUUGACCAUGAGAUCUCUAUGCUAUCACCAUCCUUUAUGUUGUUGCUUUGUCUCUAUAGCACUGAUGCUAAUGAUCUCUCCGUGAAUACACAAGCCUCAAGUCUCCUCCAUUUGCACUCUUGCCUAAGCACUGACAGUGGUUGCUGUUGUUCCUACACACCUGCAGCAAGGGUGGUGCACAGGGGGUCAUUUAAUUUCACCUCUUCAAGCACAAAUGUCUAAAAAAAUAGUUCUUUCUUCACAACAUAGACAGUUUAGAGGCAUGCUGAUGUCUGAUUGAUUAACCUUUCAACAUUCAGUAUUCCUUUUAAAGCUUGUUCCACUAAAGAGAAAAAAUGGGCGAUAAAUCAAAACAGGUAAAUUUUCCUGCUCACGAUCUAUCUUGUUUAGCAUCUAAAACCUGCAGCAGCACAAAGGAAAGUCUUCCCAUUAUUCUCGGAGUGAAGACAGCUGCAGACUAAUUGUGUGACAGUGUUUGAGACAAGAGCAUCUUUGCAAAAAUCAGCUGACGAAUUGUGCCGACAGCACCUCCUGUUUCAAACUUUGAAACACUGUUAGAGGAAUAAAAGGCGACAGCACAUCCUGCAAAUACUGCGAGCAUUCGACAGCCAUCUAUUCAGGCUGGUGUCCGUGUUUGAUCCUCUUCUGCAGAAUUGAAUUGAAACAGACUCAAUUUGAAAAUCUGUGAUAAUCAGAUUUCAUUUUGCAGAGUCAGACUCCACAAGAAUGUGUUUGAGAAAGACCCAAAUGGAUCAGGUUUAACUGCACUGUAACAAAAAGGCAUUUCUCAUGUCACCGGUCCAAAUUACUCUUCCCGUAAAGUGUUUUGUUUAAUACCCCAAAACAUUAGAAACAUUUUUUUCCUCAUCUCAUUUCCUUUUGCUUAUCUUAUUGAUUUUUUAAGUUCAAGUUCAACAAACUUCUUGGUACUGUGCUUUCAUCCUUUUCUUAAAACAGCAGUAAAAGCUCUCAGUGAAAGCCUCAGUCAGUCUUUGAAGCUUAAUUCUUCAUUCAGAGAAAAGUUGAAUCCAAAUUUAAACCCCCUGUUUGUGUCUGAGACUAAAAACGAACUAUCUGAGGUAAACAUAAAGCAUCCCACCCUUUUAUUGUGAGAAAGUCUGUGUUUGUUUUUCAGUGAUGUAUUGUUUAUUUGUCUUCACUUCAUCACUGGAUCUCAGAUAGAGGACUAAUGCAUUGCUUAACUAAUGGUGCUUUUUUCGUUCAUCAAUUCAGCUGAUAAAAGUGCACAGCCGAGGCUGUUAUUCAGCUUGUGUAGAUACCUUUUGUUCAAUACGUGGUACACAUCAGUGUUUCGAUGAGAUUAGCUCUUUAUGGACCUUAGUUCACUUCUAAGGCAUAAUGUCUUUAGAUGCAGGAACUCCUCGAAGAAAGGUUUGAAUUCAGGAAAAAGGCUUAUGCAAUGACACAUGCGAUUUUUCAAACUCUAUCUCAACAUGAAAUUUAAUGUUAUUUGCUGUAAAAAAGAAAGAAAUGCAAAAUGAUGAACAUUUUUGGAAGACUUUAAAAAAAUACAGCCAGCAACUGGUGUGCAUGAACGCUUGCAUAUAUAAGAGUUUCUCUUACAAUUGCUCAAAGACUUUGAGUUUUAUGCCCUCGUGAGGUUAAACAUUUCUGUCUAUGCUCUAGUCUGGGAUGGGCAGGUUCCAUGCUGCAAGAAUGCAUUAUAAUCAGCUAGAAAUGCUAUCUAAGCACUGAUAUAUUGCACCGGGGCAAGUGUUAGGCAAGCUUAGACUAAAAAUGAGUGAGCUCAAAGUUUAGUUUAGAGGUUAAAAUGAAUUAAUACCUUCAUUAUUGUAAACUGCACCAAAAUUCUCCUGAUCUUCAAACCCACAGUCACUGAAAUUUUCUAAACCAAAUUAUUAUUUCUUUUUUUUUUUUUUUAAAGCAGACAGAUAGUGAAAGUUCUGUUUGAGUCUUUUUUUCCCAGUUGAACAUGGGAACAUCGACAGCUUUGGAAACUUAAAAACACACAUAAAACUGUUAUUUGUACUCGCAACUACACAGUAAGCAUCUGCUUUAUAAAAGAUAAUGUUAGUGAGAUGAUUUUCAUGCACCCUGAAAUAGAAGGGCCAAAAGAAACAGAAGAAAAAAACUACAAAUUGAAAUUAUUUUCCAUCCUUACUAAGUUACACCUCUCAUUGCUGUCCAUGAGCUGCAAACUGAGUCGUUCAGUUCACUGUUCACCAGAACAUGUGUGUACUCGAUGUGUGGACAGGAGAAACUGUGCUGACUGUGGCAUGAGUCUGAAAUAACCCAACACGUUCUCUCGGUCUUUUCCAUUCAGGUGUGAUCCUAAUGGGUAUGACACAGUGACAGUUUGAAUCAGUCUAAGGUCCUUUUUAUCUCCUUUUGUACUUAUUAAGGUGUUUCAUUACUUUUUUUCUAAAUUGACAUCAUCUUUCACAAUCACCUCCUCAAUCUGGUUGCACUUUCUUUAAAAGUUAUAAAGGAAUGGCUUGUUUGGUAAUGCAAAUUUGUACGUUCAGAGCUCUUGUGAUUCCAGGUCACGUAAUAUCUUGUGGGGACUUGAAAUGAUGAAAACUGAUGAGUAGUUAUCUGCAUGAUUUAUGGCAAGCUGAAGCAUAAAAGUGGCACACCACAGAGACAGGAGAAGUGACAAGGGGAUAAGUAUUAAGCUUAAACUGGCAAAUUUUUAUUUAAGAAGCAGCAUGAUAGAUGCAGGGUAGAGUGAGUGGAACAGCUGUAUUAGCAAUGAAGAACAGCAGACUCAGAAAUAUGGACCUGGAAUUCAAGUUUUAGCCAUAUGACUGUUCCCUCUGUCUGUUUGAUUGAAUUUAGCUGCCAUGCUGUAGAUGAUAAGAGUUGAAGUUUGUAAGUGACUGUAUCAGGGGCUGUCAUUCAUGCUGGAUUUUCCUUUGGUUGUGUAACAUGCAGUGUUAUCCAGAGCUCUUUGCAGUCUUCAGUCAUUUGGUGCAAGCUUUUAGAUGACUGCUCUUCAUUGUUCUGAUCAUUGAAAGAGAGUUGCUUUGUCAGUCCCUGCAGGAUCAUAUAAAUGGUCUGUUUUAAAAUAGUUCAUAUAGUUGUGCGUUUGUGCAGCUAUGUGCACAUGAACAUGCACUUCUGUUGAAAGCGAGAAAGCAGGCCCAAAAUUAGGUUUACUAAGGUUCCAUCAUAGUUACGUCAUUUUAUGUAUGAAUGUUGUUGUUGUUGUUGUUGUUGUUGUUCAAGUCAUUUUUCUAAAUCAGCUUUCCAAGUCAUCUUGGUAACUUUUGGUUUGUGUGAAUUUUGGCGCCCCCUGGGGACCAAGCAGUCUUUGCUCACAAAUCCUAAAUAUACUGAAGAAGGGUUAUCUUACAAAAAAAAAUUAAAAAAAAAAAAAUAUAAACAUUGUUUGGUAUGUGACAAUCAAAUACUGUGUGUCAUUUAAUGUGAAUAUUUUAUGCAAAGGAAUAAACAGGCCUGUUUCAUUUGCUGCUUGGCUGACACCUACUCCCUCACACAAGUUUCAAGCAUUGAAGGGAAACUCUGCCAUAAAAUUAAGUUAGGGUUAAACACACUAUAACACUGAGUUAGACACCCCCUUGAGAGACAAAUGUUGCCGACCGCUUGCUUCUCUUGUUAUACCAACUUUCACAGCGGUCUACGUCUCCACACACAAACCUCAACCAAAAUACCACUCGAUAGUGGAGUUUCGCAGCUCAAGGAAGAACAUUUAUGAUUAUUACUUCAUGGAAAUGCAAUUAGACCAAGACACUAAGGCAGAAGAACCACUGCAUCUGCAGUGCAAAAUGAUUAUUGUGAUGAUUCAAGGAAAUGAUCUGCUGCACUUGGUGAUCGACUCGUCAGGGCUCCCCCACAAACAAGUGGCUGCUUGAGGUAAGGAGAGUGGGUCAGUUGUGUUUAGUCUCUUUGCUUAAGAAACCAGGCAGAGUUAAAAAGAUGUUUGGUGGCUAGUACUAUGGCUGGGACCCUUUGUGUACUGUUGAGGAAGUUAGGUGAUGUUCUGAGCAUUAUUUGUGGCUAUAGAGUGGCGUUUUGGUUGAGGUUUGCGUGUGGAGAGGUAGACCGCUGUGUAUUGCUAUCGUGCGGUCGAUACUAAAGUUGGUACUAGAGAAACAAACAGUCGGCAUUCACCUCUUGAGGGGUUGUCUAACUCGAUGUUGCGGUGUGUUUGAUCCUAACUUAAUUUUAGGCCAGAAUAUCCCUUUAAGAAUUGCCCCAUAAAAUCUCUGAAUCAUGUCUCUGGUGGUCUGGUUUGAUUUUGUUUAUCAAAAAAAGGGCAUCAACAUGAAUUGAAGUCCAUUUCAAAAACUCCUCACAGGAACUUUAAACACAUUCUUACUGCAGGAUUUUUGCACAAUUAGUCUGUUACAGACCUCUGUCUGCAAUCCUGAGGACAUUAAAGUCUGAAAACUUAACUUUGUUCAAAUACUGAAAUAACUGUAACAAGCAUGAUUAAAACUGUUUGUGUGCUUUUUAAAAUGAGGUUACUACCAUACAGACAGCCUAAUGACUAUUGAUUUCAUUACUGACUACACACUGGGAGUAAGAGUUUUAAGACGUGCUAAGAUUUGAGUUUGUCAAACUCUUAGUCAUGAAGAUUUACCAAUAUUCUACUUUUACUUCCUGUAAUAGAAUUUAGUGAUUGAAGAGGUACAGAGCUGUGGUGGACUUCUCUGGCCAGUAGAGCUGAGUGCCAUCAGUGUGCUAAGGGAUGGAUUUUUGUCCGUGUGUGUAUAAUGUGACCAAAUGGGAGCAUAUACUCUGGGGUGAAAAUAUAAUUGAUCCCAGGGCUCCAAAUUUUUUUCUGGUGUGAGAGGAGACAUGUCCGCCAAUAGAAAAAGAAAUUAUGUUGGAGCUGAGAGAAGAACAAAACACUGUUAGACCAGCAUCAGAGCUGUCCCAGAUACACCGACUGAAAGAGUGCAGCUUUUCACUCAGAAUUCAGUGAUCAACAUCAAAUUAAACUCAGUAGUAUGAAGUCGGAGCAUGCAGCAGUGUUUCUGAAGAUCAUUAGUGACAAAGAGGACUGUCUCAGUGACGUGUCCAACUAAAAUUAAAAGAAAAGCUAUCAGAAAGGUUUUGUUGUUACAAUUUGGAGAGUCGUGUGGAAACUGUCUUUUAAUGAGCUUUGGAAUAACAGGGGAAAUUUCGAAAUUGGUGUACUUUUGCUCCAUUUUGGACUACAUUUUCAGUUGCUUACAGGGUAUUUAAGGUUUGCAGGAUGCUUUUGGAGAAUGAAAGACUUUUUUUUUAUCCAGGGUCCUAUAGGAGGCAUCAACAAAUGAAUCAGGAGCUUUAAUUUCUAAUUUAAUCUCACUCAUUUAAAUGACAGAAAGCUUCUUCACUACAUGACUUUAAAGGUUUGAGAUGUCUGAAGCUUCUCCUGAGUGUUAAUUAGAGCUCUGAGCCUCUGAUUAUAUGUAUUUAAUUAAAAGGGAGAAGUAGUCGUCCUUCACAUUCCUAACCUGUGAUUCAAAGACAUCUCUCUCAUUUGGUGAUCAAGGCGUAAAGCCUCCUUUCUCUUUAACUACAUUUCAUCCAUCUGCUUUUUCUUUUCAAUAAGGACAACUCGUAUUUAUCCUCGAUGAAAACUGCUGUAAGUACAAGGCUGAAUUUUUGUCUUACAGGGUAAAAAAGAGAAUCUAUAAUGUCUGUGCAGAAAAGGUUAAAUGUGUUCAUCAAUGUGUUUGCUUGUAGAAAGGUGGGAGGAGAGCAGGAUGUCACACCGGGUAAAAGUGUCGACACUCUGUAAUUGAAAAUAAAAAAGGUGUAUUCUGUGCUACAUAGGAAAAAACCCGGUAGAGAGUCAGCUGAGAUUCUGUGUUCGGUGUUUUUAUUCAAGAAGAACUCAGUGUACUGUGGAGCCUGGUGGAGGAGGGGCAGUUGUUUGCCUGAGCUCACAAUCAGUGAGACAUCACACUCCUGACUGACUCUCCAAUUUCCUCAUCAGAUAUGCAAAUAUACAUAUUUAACCACAUCAAAUCAAGCUAUAGACCUAGGUUCCCAUCACCAGCUGGUUUCAUAAAUAACAAGUCACAUCCUGGUGCAGCUCUUAAAAGAUCCCCAGCUUCAAUAUGAUGGCUGAUUUUCAUUUUUUCCUUCCUGUUGUUCAAUUUUUAUCUUUCUAUUCAUGGUUACCCUGUUAAGUCUUGAGUAGUGUCCUAUUCAAGAGUCAUGUUUUUUUUUUUUUUUUGUUCUUUAAGUGUGGUUAUAUGAGGUACUUGUGUAUCACCCACAGAGGAUUGGAAAAGGCUCAGCCAUUUAAUGAGAAACAGGACAGAUAACCAAAUCUGAAACUAGGCUAUCAUCUUAAUUUGCACAGUUAAACUCCCACUGAAAUAUCGCUGUGAGUGUACCCUCUAUUCAGUGAAUGCAGUGCACCGAUCAGCCGUUUGGGUUUAUGAUGUGCCAGUUGACUUUUUCCCAGUAAACAAAUGGAAAAUGAAUUUUAUUUCACUUUGACACAAUAGUAAGCGAGGAAUACUGAACAUUGUGGAGCUGACGCAGUGAUGGCUGUGGAGUUUGUUAUUUCAGUCCUCCUCCUCUAAAACUAACACUGUGUUCUUAAUAAGGGAUUCAUAGUGUGUGGACCAUGGGUUACCAUCAUAAUAAAUUAACGUAUAUAUCAAGCUAAAAACUUACUUUAAAAAUGCUCUUCUACUUGUCGUCUGAUUUACCCUCUAAAAAUGGAAGAAAGUAGAACAGUAUGGCGACUGCAGCUGUAUGUGAGCUGCUGGUAUCCCCUAAUUCUGAAAGGUCCUGAAAUGCUGUUGUUACCAAGACCCACUCAUGACAGCAGUAGCUCUCUGAGCUUGGGUAAGCUUACACACCUGGGCCUAAAUGUGGGCUCUCUCCAGCUCUUCUGAGUUUCCCCUCUCUCUACGUUGAUCCUCAGAGUCUUGUUCUUUUCUGCAACACUACUUUUUACAACAGUCCCAGUGUGACCACAGUAAGCAGCAUAUCAUCACCAUGGAUGUAUAUUUGUCCCCUUUGAAGCCGACAGACCCAAACAGCUGAUCAAGUGCACUGUCUGGCAUGAAUGAAUGUGAAUGUGAACAUGAAUGUGUUGCAUUCAAGAUUAGUGCAGAAAACGGCUUCCUAAUGGUGCAAUAAAGCACCAAAAAAAAAAAAACUCCUGCUUAAGACUUAAACCAUUAUUAAAGGGAUAUUCCGGCGUAAAAUUAAUUUAGGGUCAAACACAGCAUAACACCGAGUUAGACACCCCCUCAAGAGAUGAAUGUUGUCGACCGCUUGCUUCUCUAGUUAUACCAACUUUAGUAACGACCCCAGGAUAGCAAUACACAGCGAUCUGAGGAGCCCCGCAAUCAACCAAAAAGCCACUCUAUAGCCACAAAUAUUGCUCAGAACAGCACCUAACUUCAUCAACAGUACAUAUAGGGUCCUAGCCACAGUACUAGCCACCAAACAUCCUUUUUAACUUUGCCUGAAAUCUUUAGCAAAGAGACCAAACACAACUACCUACUCUCUUCCAGCAGCCGCUUGUUUGUAGGGAGACCUCUGAUGAGUCCAUUGAUGACUGCAGCGGGAGGACGCAGCUCAAGGAAGAACAUUUAUGAUCAUUUAUGGAAAUGCAAUCAGACCGAGACACUAAGGCAGAGGAACUACUGCGUAUGCAGUGCAAAAUGAUUAAUAUGAUGAUUAUUGCUUUAAGGAAAUUAUAAAGUAAUGAUCAUAAAUGUUCUUCCUUGAGCUGCAUCACCGUGCUGCAGUGAUGGACCGGUCUGGUAUAACUAGAGAAGCAAGCGGUCUGCAAUAUUCAUCUCUCGACGUGUUGUCUUCUGACUUGGUGUUUCGUUGUGUUUGACCCUAAUUUAAUUUUACGCCGAAACAUCCCUUAAAGGUUAGGGCUGUCAGUUUAAAAAAAAAAAAAAUCAAUAAUGAACAUGACAUGCAAAUGUUCAGAUACAUUUAAAUUUUGUAUCCCAUCAGUGAUGGCCUUUUUCUGGGCGUCUGGCAAGGCGUGUCAUAAAAAGGUCAACAUACAGGGUUGAAUCCUUCCCAUUGGGCCACUCGAUGGUUCGUCCUCUUCCACCAUCUCCGAUUUAUGUGCGUUAGUCAUUAUUGUAACUAACCUUACCUCCUUUCACUUUAUCAAGCAUAAGUUAAGUUCAACAUUUUAAUAUAAAUGUCUGAAUCUUUAUUUGAAACAUCUGUAACUUUCCCAAAAGCAGCAUUCUGGAUUAAUGCAGAGAUUUGCAAAGAGAUUGUACUCCAAAAUGCAGGUGUUCAACAAUCUGAACAUGUGAAAAAUGUUAUCAGAUUAUUAAAACUGUUCCUUUAAUUGUUGUUUCUUUCAUGUGGUUAAUGUUAUUAUCAGUCUGAUAGCAGGUGUCUAUCUACUUGGAUUCUGGAAACAUACUGACCUGUUUUGUCGCUCCUCCUUAUCCGCAUCAGGCUCUCCUCUGCCCAACGGAAAAAUGCAUCUGCACAGCUCAGUGAAGAGGAAGCUGGGCGAGGAGAAAGGCUACGUGUUCGACAAAAGGCUCAGGUACAACGUGCGACAGAACGAGAGCAACUGUCGAUUCCGAGACAUCGUGGUCAGGAAGGAGGAAGGCUUCACGCACGUCCUGCUAUCCAGCCAAACAACAGACAACAACGCUCUGACGCCAGAGGUGAGGGUGGACAUAUGCACACAGUUUACAUAAACACUUGUGUUCCCCUGGUCUGCAAGGAUAUCAAAGGACCUCCAUUCAAUCAUGAUUCAUUGUAUCCCAGUUUGAAUAGAGCUCUGUCACCAGAGGAAUAUAAGAAAAAGUUUCCUCAUUAAAUGCUGCAGAGAUGCCCGGGAGCUAAGCACUAACUCUACAACUGCUGCAGGGGAGCUUUCCAGGAGGCAACUUUCAAAAACUGUGGUUUUACUUGACACACAGCAGAUUUGACUGUCUCCAACUUCAGCUUCAUUAAUCUUCCACAGGGCAUUGAUGGUAAAGACCUCGUAUACUCGAGCAUAAAAGGUCAGGAAACAGCUCUUUGGGCUCUGUCUUUAACACUGACACAAUGUUUCCUUAUAACUGCCUCCUGCCAGACAAGGUUUCAACAAGUAGACUAAUUAGGGGCACUUAUAAUCCAGCGUUAUGCCAUCUGCUGUUAUUGUAGCAAAAUGUCAGCUGAACCAGAGAGGAAAUUAUGCAGCGAGUUCAGAAAAGAGCAUUACAUAUUUAUACUUCAGGAGAACUGGAAAGCCGAGGAAAACUUCCAAGAAAUGUUUCGUCUGAAAUAUCUGUCAUCUCUGCUGGAGAUCGCCAUGAUGAAGCAAAUGUCUUCUUUUUUCAAGUUAGUGUCAGAUUAUGUGGUAAUGAUCAGUGAACAGCUGAUUUGCUGUAACACCGAGCACACAAAACAACAAAUAGAGUGGGUCUAUUUUUAGGACUAGCUCUUCAGUUUGCUCGAUGAUACUCCAGCUGAGUCUCUCUGCAGGCGCUUAGGGUGUAUAAUCUGUGUCAAGCUGUGUUCAGUGGCCUCUCAAGAUGUUUUCCCACGAUCUACUCAGCAAUUUGUCAGUCACCUGCUAAUGUGAUGCCAAUCAAAUCCCCCAUGUAUCAUCUUCUGAUAGUUUGGACUGUAGGUACUGAAAGGUACUAUGUUCGCGGCAUGGAGCAAGUUGCAGCAAUGAGGCAAAGAAGAUUGCGUAGCCAACCCGGGGGAUAUGCUGUUUGAGCAGAGCGCCAUCACAGCGACUAUCUGCGACUCUCCCGCCAAAUGCUUACUAUGCUACUGCGCAAAUGGUGGAGUCCGUACAACGCUACUGUGCAAUGUUGGUUUCAGGAAGUGGAGAAAAUACUCGGAAAUACCGAGAGCUUUUUGGCUUCAAAUCCGUAUGCUGGCAGAAGGCGGAACCAAGUUGUCCAUAGUAUAUACAGUCUAUGGUAGAAACAGACGACAUCAAGUUACAGUGCUGAUAAUAAUGUUAAAAGUAUGUACACUAUCUGCAGUUAUAGCAAGGUGAUGAUAAUAGACUGAUCUUAAAGCCAACAAGAGUCAGCAGGUCUAGCUAGGAUAAAUAUUUCCAGCUAUGAUGAUGAUGACAGUGGAAGGAGGAUUAGAGAUGAACUCAGUACAGCACGGUUGUUAUUUAGAAAUCAGAAAGAGAAAGUCAUGCACUUUAUUUUCAAAACUUCCUGAAGCACUGCAGCUCUGGUCAUUUCCCUCUGCCCCUCCUUGGUUGACUCAUUCAUUCUGGCCAUGGCCAUUCAUCAAAUUCAAAACUCUGUAAUGUACAUCAGAGUCAAGCUGAAAAACUGUUGUUUUACUGGCUUGUGUCAAUUUCCUUCAUCUGUAAAAGCUCCAGCCAACAAAUGUUUAAUUUAGUCCAUGUGAUUAAGGUUAUUUCGCAGAUGUUGCAGACCUCAUCUCUCUACUCACAGGCAGCAGGCUGCACACCAACAGAGUAGCUGUGUUUCAGUGUCUCACUUUAGGGAGGAGGAGGAGGAGGAGGAGGAGGAGGAGGCAUUAUCAGUUAGCCAGUGACAGUCUCAUGUCCAGAUUUGUUGACAACUCCCAGCACACUGAAGAUGCGUUUUAACUGUAUGGGUUUUAGUCCUGCACUUAGAAAAAACAGUUAUAUCUUAGGGAGAGAGGCAGAGGACAGGAAGAGCCACCUAAGGCAGGCACUGGCAGGUAGAAGCCUGGUGUGGCAGCUGCUUUUACCUUGUAACUCAGUCCAUCCAUCCAUCUAAGCUGUAAAGCCUCCAAUUGUUUCAUUAGAUUUUUACUUUACAUCCAGAUAGCUCAUAAAACUUGAGUUAAAAAUCAAAGUAAUGGGAGAGAGGAGACGGAUGAAAUUACAGUACACAGAGGGACAUACAUAUUUUAUAACCAUUCAUUUAUCAAUAGCAAAUAAAUCUAAUGCUUCAAAGGUAUACAAACUACAAUUCCUGAUGAGCAUGACUUCAUUUAGACUAAUAUUCACUUGUAAUGUUAUUCCCUUGUGUCUGUUCUCCCACUUUAUGUUAAUUGUUGCAAGAAAGCUGAAAUAAAGCAUGUCGAGUACACCCACACCCUCUUGGGAACAGAUACCAUCAUCUUUGCACUUCCCCAGUAGGAAUGAUAACGUUACUCCUGACAGAUUGAGUCAAGCAGGUUUAAGAGUAACAUUAGCCUCAUUACAGAGAUAGUAGAGGUAAGACUGGCAUAAAUAAUCACAGCAGUAAGAGUCAGGCAGGUCCACAGCAGCAGACUGUCUGCAGCAAACAUCCAAGAAACUAACAAGACAGGGAACUCCCUGGAAGAUCUAUGGUUAGGAAGUGUAAUAUGACACAAAGACUUAAAGCAAAAGGAAUAAAACACACUUUAUUAGUCCUCAGAGGAAGUUUUUUUCACUCAUGUGUUUAUGGGGCUACACAAACACAGGCUGUAAUACACAAAAACAGCCCACAAACUUGCGUCAGAGUGAGGGACUCAGUGUUUCAGGAAGUGAACUGGCAACACUCUGGUUCCCAAUCCAGAUCCCAGUCCAAGGGCCUGAUCUACUCAAGGUUUGCGUGUGCAAAAACACGUACAAACUUAAUAGUGCGCGCAAAGCUGAUCUACUAACCGAGUGCACCAAGGAUUGCGUCUGUCAAAUGAGCAAAUCAGUGAGCACAAGCCAUUUAGCGUGUUUGCCUUCAGGAAUAUGCAGAUUGUUUGUAGAUCAUCAGACCGUGCAAAAUUCUGGGUGGAGCAGAUGCAAAUAGAAUCAUUUAGCACCCGCAAUGUGAUUUCUCAAACCCGGAAACCAGUUGCAGUCGCUGUUUUGCGUCUAUAUUUAGCACGUUUGAAAGGCACGUGCAAACUGACACAGCGUUAUGCACAAAUGGCUGCAGUCAUUGCAGGGAGAAGGAGGCAGAAGAGCAAAAGUGUUUUUCUAGUAAAUGACGGUUUUGAUAAAUAAGUAGGUCAAACACUGAACAGUUGCAAAAAGGUAUCUCUUUGUCUUGGUGAUUUUAAAUGGUUUAAAUCUCUUUUUUUAUUUCAAGUAUAUUUUCGUGCAUCGGUAAAGCACUUUGAAUUGCCUUGUGUAUAAAUGGUGCUAUACAAACAAAGUUCCCUUGCUUGCCUUUUAUGCAGUUGCUGGCUUACCAAAAGUGAUAGGUGCAACUCCAUGGCUUCAAACUUUAUUUUUCAUCUACAGCCACCCCGCUCUCACAAACUCUCCAUGGUGAUGCACACACAAAAUUCUUGUUUAAAAAGGGCGGUCUCCACCACUUUUGUUCCUGUUAUCAAUUGCACGCCCACUAAUCACACAUGCAAUUUUUUAGUUUGCACACACAAUUUAGCGUUCGCUAUUUGGGAUCGUAGUAGAUCAGGCCCUAAGUCUUUAGCAGCAUAAUUAGAGCUGGUCUGAGCCUGAGCCUGCCCUACUUAUGAGAUUUAUAUUGUAACAUGCUGCCACAUUGAUGGACAUAUGUAUGCACAGAUUCUAUCAAAUACUUCAUUCUGAAUGUCUGACACUGUAUCUUCCACUUUGCAGCAUGUGUUUGUGUGAAUGCGGCUUGGUUACACCACAGUGCUUUUAAUGAUCCUAAAUGACAGUCUGAUGAUACCAUGUCCAUCUGCAGCUCUAGCUGUGAUUCACCGGCUCUCUGCUCCGAUGCUGCAGCCUCUUGCCUUGUGGUGAUCAAGUUGUAGAAUUGACCGCCUGCAGGAAAGUACCAGCCCGCGAUUGGUUGCUCAUUUUCACACUCCAAUCAACAACAAGCUGCUCCCCUUAAAGUUCCCCCGGAUGCAUUCAGCAGCCAGCCUUCAGAGUUCAGUAAACACUCCCCUCAGCUGCACUUUUGAAUAUCUCUAUUGUGAAAUUUUGUAGCCUUCAGAUUCGUUUUAUAAAGGUGUCCUUUAUGAGCUACCACAUUCCCAGGGCAAGAAUACGUUUUUAAACUGCAGCUGAAAGUGAGGUUAGCUGGGGAUUAUCCACAGAUGCUUCAAAAAGAUUUAGAAACGAUAAAGAAACUUCAAGAUAUUUAUGUAUUUUUGGUAAAUUUGCUUUCCAAAAAGGAUGUUGCCAUUAAACAAAUAAACCAAAUAGAGCACAUCACACUUAAUUUUAAGUUCAUCAUUUCAAACCUUCUUGGAAAAAAUUAAAACGUAGACUACAAAAACAGUACUUUGAGUUAUUGAACAUGUUUUAUUCUCAAGAUUAAAUAAUGAAAAUAGUCUCUAAUGUAUUUUUACAGCUUCCUCAGAGCACUGUUAAUAUGAGAGCGAGUUAAACCUUAGAUAAUGUCAUGUAUCACAGUCAUCCACCUCUGGCUCCUGAAUCCAAGCAAACAGGAUUUUCCUCCCUUCAGAUUGAGGGAUUGUGGGUUGUGUCUCAGAUCUUCCACAGAGGGUGGUUCUGGCUUUGAUACAGCGCCCGUGUGCACGGCAGUCUGCUCUUCACCAACACUGAAGUGGCCCCAACUGUGUGCGCACAUGUGUGUGUACUUUCAUGUGUGACAGUAAGCCCGUAAGCUGUGGGCUUAUCAAACAGCUCUGAUAGCUCCUUUUCUGUCUCUGAGUCUUUGAAGCUACAGUACAGGAACAAGAGAGUCUGCCCAUGUGCUCGCUGAAUGGGUGAAUAUCUUCUAAAAUAUCCCUGCACAUUUUUCAUCCAAACACUCAGAGCCUGAUUUAGGUGAGAAAGUCCCUGAGCUGUUAGCUGCUACUCUAUCUGUCACCUUCCUUUUCUUUCAUACAGGAGCUCUCUGUGUUUGUGCUUUUCACACGAACACCCUCAGUCUUUAACCAACACAGUUCAUAAAAUCAUCCAAAAAGCAUUUCAUUACAGAGUCAAAAGAGAUGUCUGAUUUAUUUAUUUUGAGGCAAUGAUUUACAUUCAGUUUGAAGUAAGAACUAAGAUCUUUACGACUCUCAGUAAGCUUCUGUCUAUUAGUUCACUGAAUGUUAAUUUCUAGUUUUCUGUGAGGUUCUGCUAUAAUCCAGCUCACUUGGAUGAAAGAGUGUACUUAAAACCAAGUGUUUUUGGUUAACCAGGCGUUUUAGUCACAAAUGCAGUAACUUUUAAAGCUUCUAUGAGGGAUUUUUAAUUUGUGUUGACUUUAGCACCUCCUGCAGACAAACCAGUCUCUCUUAUCUCUUUUUUUAGAUCCUGUCCUGUGCAUGGUCAGUACUGUAGUGUUUUCAUCAUCCCAAGUGCCUGAUCUAAGUGCCCAUCAGAGGUUAAGCCUCACAUGUAAAGCUUGGCUUCUGUGGCUUCAUUUCCACACAUCCCCACUCUCUCUGCCCAUUUCCUGCCCUAAAGGCAAAAUGCCCCAAAAAAUUAUUUUAAAAAAAUCAUCAUCCUGCUGCUUUAACUGUUAAAUGUAUAACUAACUAUUGAUUUCGGUCUUGGAAAAUGGAAAUGAAACUGCUUCAGCAGCAAACUUUUAGCUGACACCCACCUGGUUGCUGUGGUAACAGACAUUAUAACUUACUGUGUAGUAAGUAGGGAUGAUACAUAAUAGUAUUGCGAUAUUUUGUCUGGUGAUAUAUCAUAUCAUCUCAUUUACCAAGUAUUGAUUUCUCAAAUUAAUUGUUAAUAUGAAGUCAAAUCUAUGAUAAUGGAAAAAUCAAAUCAACUGUUUGUCCAGUGAGGUUGGCAGAGGUGACAUCAUAGAGCAGGAGAAAGUUAGUGCAACAAAUAUAUGUAAGGUUUGCAAGGUGUGCUACAUGAAAAUAAAAUACAGCGUAAAUAAGAAAAACAUAAAGGAAAGACAAAUGCUAAAUUAACCAAACAGUUGAAAAAAAUGUACAAAUCACAAUUCAUUGUAUCAUUACAAAAUGUAAAAAAUCGCAAUCAUAUCAUAGCGUAACCAAAGUAUUGUGAUAAAAUCGUAUUUCCGCCACUCGUGAUUCCCACCCCUAGUAGUAAGUAGCCAGUCAUGUCAUUGAUGGUUUAUUAUGUUACGUAUUGCUUCUGAAGGUCAUACAAAAUCAUCAGCAUUAAUUUUUAUCUGUAGCAUGCGCUGCUAAAAAUGUGUCUUCAAGAGCUUUGAGUACCACUAAAGAGCGAUUUUAAACUACAACUGAAAACAUUUCUUGGGUCCUUACUUAAAUCAGUAAAUAAAAAUAACCACAAGGAGAAUAUUAAGGUGAAGACUACUAACCCAACUGAAAGAAAGAAAAGAAAAAUGGAACAUGAACUAAUAGCAACCCUCUGUGGAAAUGAAAUGAGGUCAAUUUAGAAAUAUAAUAAAUGGCAGUUCCUUGUGUGUCCACUUGGGGAUUGCUCUAAAGAUCAGGGAUACCACAUUAGAGCUCAUGCUAAACUGCCCAUUUUAACUAACAGUGAAAGAAACGUGUUAACAGUGUGGUACAAAAAGUUUGGUGUUCUUACAGUGUUUCUUUCUUCAUAACAACUUUAAAGAUGACAUUAUUUUUCUUAAGUCAGUUAGAGUCAGCAUUUCCUUUCGGGUGUCUACCAUCUUUGGGCUUCAUUAUACUUCACCAAUGGGUGACAUGACAGAAACAACAUCAAUUCUAAUUGCAGUCCAUCAAAUAAAAGUUUUCUUCCUUGCCUUUUUCAAGCCAAUUCUCUAAGCCUGCUGCAUCUAACAAAGAAAUAAUAAGUCCUGUGCUGUUUGUCUCAUCAAAACUAACCCUUUUCAAGUUCUGGGUAGUUCACAAGUGCCUCGGCGUAUUUUACAGAGAGCAGGAAAGAGAAGUUACGAGCUCUGCUUAAUAACUACACUGUUCAAAAGUCAGCGCAGAUCAAUACCAGAGGCACAGCUGAACUCAAACUUGCCUGACCGUGGAGCUGGCCCUCUUGAAGGCGUCAGUCUCUGAUUGCAUCUUUGUGAAUGGUGUUCUUGAUUCAGCGCUACAACAAUCACAAUCAUUGAUCCAGCAGCCAGUGGUGGGUGGGGCAUUUGACCCGGAGGGACGCACACUCACUUUCACACACUAAACUGAAAAAGUGUAGACAUGAGUUGAGUGUUGAGUUGUUACAAGGCCUAUUUCUUCGAACUUUCCUUCAAUAAUACAUUGAUUAAGAAGCAAAAAAAAAAGAGUCCCCAAAUAGACCGUUCUUGCUCUCGGCAUUGGAUUUGUAAUGUCAGAAAAAGUGCAGGUUUUACUAGAAACAUGAACGGAAUGUUUAUCAAGCAUCUGAACAAACCAUGACAAUGUGACAGUCUGCCAGCAUUCACUAAAAUACCCCAAUACCUGAACAGCUUAAUAAACUUCUGCAAUCACAAAUGUAAAAUUCACACCUGUGACAGAAAUACUAAAUGCAGGAGGGUCAAUGGUUUAGAUCAGCUGCUUUAACUCAGAGAGGGAAAGUGCUCCAUCCACGAAGGCAAAGUCUUCUACACAUUACUAGUUUGACAGCCUAGAACUGUUAGGUUCAUGUCAUAACCAAAAGUCCCAUCUCUCUUCAAUUGUCCUAUUUGAUAGAAACAAAGGACAAAAAUAACGAACAAAAAAAAAAACUGUCUUCUAUGAGUAAAUACAUCUCCUUUCUGUUGAAGGCAGCUAAAUGUGUAGCACUAAUGUCCAAAACCAAAGUCCCCCUAGAGGACAAUAAAGUGCAUCCUCUUGUCUACUUCAUAUCUUAUAAUGUCCUGAAAUAUCUUGUCAUAUUGUAUCCCACUGUAUCGUAUCCCACCCCAUCAUAUCGUUAUAUCAUAUCAUGGCAUCACUUCCAGUUGUAUCAUAUUGUACUGCGGAAUUAAAAACAAAUAGGUAUCAGUAUCCCACUGUAAUGUGAUGAGUUUAAUACUUAAACAAUAUUUUUUUUACAUUUUAAGGCAGUAUGUUUGUUGGUAGAAUAAUAAACUUUUCAUGGUAUAAUGUGGCAGGAACAGAAAAAGAGUGAAUUUCCCAAAACAAACAAGACAAGGUAGGGUAAUCAACUAAAGACAUGUCAAAGAAAUGAGACCAAACUACAUUGAUGUUAUGUUUUAAGAAGAAAUAUUGUGAAGCUUGUCCCUCUUUCCUCAGUUUGACUGAAUACAUGGUUUUAUUUUCAAGUCUUCCAUAAGUAUCUUCCCAGUAUUUUAUGGCCACAAUAACCGUGAGAUGAAAAUCUGAUAUCCUGACAGCCCUAGGUAUACCAGUAAACUUAUCCUAUUAUAGCAUGAUACUGUUCCUUAAUUUUAUAUUCUGGAGUGGCAACAAUUUGCCUCCAUUGGACUGAUUUUAACAUCAAUUUUGUGAGUUCCUGAUAAAGACAUCCUGAUCCAGUCCCUUCUAGAAUAGUCUGUUGUGUGCAGAGCGAUGAAUGAGUGAGGGAAGGAGGGCUAUGGGAUGUAGCCCCUGAAAAAUAAAUGUUUUUUCAGCUUUCGGAAAUCAAAACAUCCCCUCCAGGAAAAUGCAAAAUAAACAAAAAUAAAUAAAUGAUGUCUCGCUCAUACAUCAAAAGGUAUCUGAAGAGCAGAGUGAGUGAGAACAGCCUGUCAGACCUGCGCACAUCUGAAAAGGUACCAAAACAUAUGAUUGAUUGACUUCUUCGCAGCCCUACAGGCGGUGUUUUCAUUUCCACUGAGCUGAUGCUUGCUGUUGCCGGUCUCUUUGUUGUGGAAACCACCUGUGUUUGUCUGCAAAUGUCCCGGAGGCCUCUGCUCACUGCACAUGAAUGUCACUUUGACUGCUCUCCCCUUCCUCCUCCAUGUCUCCCAGACUGGAACCAGCAUCUGCCCGUCUCUGCCUCCUUUCUCAGCAGGUCUUUAAUUCAACUCGCUAGAAUAACGUCAUUGUCGGAGACUUACACGCACUCCCACACACAGCAGCCAGUAAAAACAGGGGACAGAUUAUGUGCUUGGUGAGACGUGGAGAAUUAAGUUCCCUUUGAGGUUGAAUGGUUAAUAUGGGUCAAGGGUGAUAAUCUGAUUAAAAAGCAGCAUUAAAGUGGGCAUAUAGACAGCAGACUCUGAUGUGGGUGAUGGGUUUUUAUGUGACUUCCUAUCAGAUUGGAGACCUAAAGAGUUUAAGGCUGUCCUUGGACUGGUUUUAGCGAUUCCUUUAAUUAUCAAACAAGGCUUAAAAAAGAAACAUCUUUAGUUUACCUAAAAGUUCGAACACUAAGGAUUUGUUAUUACUCCUGUCGACAACUACUGUGUGGCUGUAGCUAUCAUCUCAGAGUAAAGCUAGUUGCCGCUGGAAGGGAGACUGCAGGGGCAACCCCCUCAGCAUCACGUCAUGUUAUUAUCUCAUCUGUAUACAAACAGUUUCAACAGUUUCUCCACCAUCUACAAAAGUUCAGGAUAAACAAAAUAAGACAUAAGAUGGGAAAACUUCUUAAACAGAGCUGUCUCUUUGUGCCAUAGUGGUCUUUGUUUUAGGUUGUGUUAGUAUUUUUCUUAUCUGGUUCUGUUUUCAAUGACAGGUAGCUUCACUUUAAAGCUCCUGUGAGGAGUUUUUUUACGCUCAUGGAAUAGAUUGAACUUCAUACUUAUGACUUGACCUGACAUUCGAUAGCAAGCAAGACCACAGGUGGCAAGAUUGACCAUUUUUAAAUAUUUAUUAUUGAUCCCUGAAACUGGUGCGAGAGAGUAGGUGUCAGCCAAACAGCUGAAGAAAAGCCUUGUUUUUUUAUGUUUAAUUUAUUUUUUUUUGGUCUAAAAUGUAGGGAACAGAAGGAGAGACUGCUUUAUCCACAGGGGGCGCCAAAACUGACGCAAACUAAAAGUUCCUCACAGCAGCUUUAAACAAGACCCCCAGCUGAAUUUACAUGAUUUUAGUGUCUUAGUGGAUUAUAUUCCUAAAAUCAAAGCAGUUGAAAAGACUGAGAGACCAUUUCAGUACUUCUGUAGCACCAAGGCUAAAAACAUUAUUUAAAAUCUAUUAUGUAGUUUUAGAAACUGAUAAGAGCACCUGAAAGAGGUAGAUACAUAGAGAGACAGCAGAUAGUCAACUGGAUCCUUAAAAUCUGGGACUCCUCAACAGAUUUGAGCUGUUGCUAAAUCACACUAGAAAAAAGCAGUAUUGUGUUUGAACUUUAACAAAGGCUGUCAGUAUUUUAUUUAUAGAAAUUAGCACUUUGUAUUCUCUGUGUUUGUCAUCUUUCAUGCCUACUUGUAAAAAACAAUAACUCCGCAUGUCAAGCUGUCCUCGUGUGUUAGAUGUGUGAAUAAAGUCUCCUCUUCUUUUCUUUUUCAGAUCAUGAAGGAGGUGUGUCGAGCUCUGGGUAAUGCAGCUGCUGAUGACAGCAAAUUGCUGUUGCUGAGCUCUGUUGGAACAGUUUUCUGCAGCGGCCUAGAGCCGUCGUACCUGAUUGGGCGUCUGUCCACUGACCGCAGGAAAGAGAGCAGCCGUAUCGCAGAUGCUGUUCGGUAAUGAAAAAUCUGUCUGCUUUAAACUGCGGUUCUCUCAUCACUUGCCCCUCAGAGUUGAAUGAGAUGGGACUAAUUGUUCUGUGACCCCUUCAGGGACUUUGUGUUGGCAUUCAUCCACUUCAAGAAACCCAUUGUGGUGGCCAUAAACGGGCCUGCUCUGGGCUUAGGGGCCUCCAUCCUGCCGCUGUGUGACGUGGUGUGGGCCAGUGAGAGGGCCUGGUUCCAGACUCCAUGUGCAGCCCUCCACCUCACACCCUCUGGAUGCUCCUCUUACACCUUCCCUCAGAUCCUGGGUGUAGCUCUGGUGAGUCCCAAAUAUCCCUACAGAUAUCACAGAUAGCAUGACACAUGAAGAAAACUUUUUAAUUUUAUCCUUUUUUGUCCCUGAUGGCAGGCCAAUGAGAUGUUGUUCUGUGGAAGGAAACUCACAGCACAGGAAGCAUGCAGUCGAGGUCUGGUGUCACAGGUCUUCUGGCCGACCACAUUUAACCAAGAGGUGAUGCUGCGUGUGAAGGAAAUGGCAUCGUGCAAUGCAAUGGUGGGUUCUCAAGCAUGCAGCAUACAGGCAAAGAUUUUUUUGAAGCAGUAAAAUGUUUGGGGAAAAAAACUCAUAAAACAGGAUAAAAUCUAGUAAUUAACAGAGAAAAUUGAGGAGUCUGUCAGGGGCGUCACAGGGGCAUUUUGGGCUCUGUGAAGAUAUAGAUGUUUUGGCCCCAUCAUCACAGCCUUAUUCAAUUUAUUAAAGUCAAGUCUCUAUUAUGCAAAGUGAGUUGUGGCUUUAAAGAACUAUAACUUUGUUUAAACUCCUUAAAAUCAGUAAGUUAUAAGUUAUCACAGAGGUCUAUGUAAUUUUUCACAGCUAGAUUUGUGCAGCUUACCGUUUAUGCCUUCUAGUGCCGUUCUGGUUUUGUCAGAUCUUUCUUCAUCCUCUUCAUCAUUCUCACUCUUCUAUGAAAGAUCUUUUUUUUCUGCUCUCCUCAUUUCCCUUAUCCUCUAUUCGCUCAAAAGGCUGAACCGUCCACAAGCAUGAAGCAAACAGCUUAAUAUAUUCUACUACUUUAAACGAUCUAACUCGGAUUCAUAAAUAUGACUUGAAUGUGGAAAUCAUGAAUCCACUGAUAACACAUAUGUAAUGCAAGCUGACUGUCUGACUGUAUGAAAUCUAAAUUGCUAGCGUACGCUUAAAUGAUUCCUAAACUCUAUGAGUUACGUUUACCUUUCUUCUAAAAGACACUUGUCAAAAGCUUUUAUCCCUCUGCUUUCUUUCUCCUUUUUUUCAUUUUUGAACCCCUGAUUUUAAUUUCUCUCGAGCGACUUAUCAGACAGUUUUAGUUUUAGGAUACUAUGAUAGAUACGACUUUGAGAGAAAAAAACUGAGAGGGAUAUAUGUAUGUAUUUCUGGCUCAUCAAAGGCCCACCUAAAAUGUUGACAGGCAUUUUAAAAUAAUCUCAGGAUACCUUAUUAAUAAAGCAUACUUUUGCUUUCCAUGUUUUGGAUAUCUCAGGGUGUGCUGGCCAUGCUUUGUUUGGCAAACAGCUUUAGGAAGAUGAUUUUAUAAACAUGCAUAUCUGACAAAAAAUAUGUCAUCCUUAUUGGAGGUUGUUUUCAGAUUUAUAAAUUUGUUUGUGUUAAAUACGUGAUUCUGAUUCGUUGAUCAUAGCAUUAUUGAGGUCUGCUAUUUCUUAAAAGCCGACUGUCACUAUGAAAACCAGGCUGUUUCUUGGGAUGCAGCUCAAAUCACAGAAUCUGUAGGACCAGCUGUAAUCAUUUCAGGCUGCCAAAAAGAAGUCUGGUCUCCAGAAGUCUGGAAAACAGCUGAUAACAACCUGCUCUCUCACAUUAUUCAUCUCACACGUCUGUAAUCUUUCCUUUUUACUUGUCAACCACUUGACUGUAUUAAGUUGAACACUGUGGUAUUGCAAUUUCGACAUCAAAAUUUGGGAUUUUACUAAUGAAACGUUUCACUUGAGGUUUUUCAGUGUAACAGAGCCGUAAAAUGAGUGUCAUCUUUUUUUAAAGUCAUGUUUAUAUUCCGUAAAUUUACACAUAUAAUACUAACUGAUGAGUCUUUGCUAUCUGUGUGUGUCUUGAAGGUUCUAGAGGAGUCCAAAUGCCUGGUGAGAAGUAUUGUCAUGUCAGUCCUGGAGGACGUCAAUGAGAAAGAGUGUCAGAUGUUGAAGCAGCUGUGGUGCUCAACCAAAGGACUGGAGGCGCUUUUCAGCUACCUGCAUAACAAGUCAUAUGAGAAGUAAUCGUCAUAAAGAGAGAAUGAGGUUCACAGGUUAUCCACAGAGUGACGUCCAGGAGGAAUGCACUGCAACCUUAGACUGAAUCCCAACUGAACAAGAAAAAAAUAGGAGGUGCAUUCAUGGUCUUAAUAUCCAUCCAUCAGCAGAGAAGAGGGGAUUCUCUGGACUACUGUGAGCCGACAUGUCUACCAACAAAUCCCUUGAAAUCGUCUUUGGUAGAGUUUUUGUUUGACCUGUUACUGCCAGGUUGUUUAUUCUCUAGAGGACAAAGAGCAGAGGGCCAAAUGUGGAUUCUUCAGUGAUCACUGAAUGUUUUUCAAGGAGGUACAGAGUGUUUCUGUACGUAUAUGAGAUAUUAACGCGUCUAUGAAACCAUCCGGAUGUAUGAAAUCAAUGUAUGUCUAAUAGCACAUGAUAAAUUGACAAUAAUAUAUAUUGAUAUAUUUAUUUCAAUAGUGUAUAGAAGAGGUUCUUACUGUAUAUAAGAUGAAUUUUCAGGACUGUCUGCGGUUGCUUAUGGUUUGAAGUUGAAGUGUAAACCAAAGUUUGCAUGAGGACACUGUUUCCUUUCUCCGUACAUGCACAUUCCCUCCUCUUUCCAAAAAACCCUCACACAUGCUCGAGUGAUUAAAUAGUUACCAGAAAAAUGCACUGAAAGUCUGGAUAAUUUAAAGAAAGUUUGAUAAAUCCACCUCCUGUGAAGACUUUAUGACACGGAGUAGACAGCCUGUUGUUCAGUGACCUUGCCAUCAUGAUUCUAAUCACCAUAAAUUUGUUUCUGGUCCAUAAAAUUAAGAUAAAUGUUCUUGUAGGGUACUAAUAAGACCGUCUGGUGCAUAAGUAAAUUAAAUAUCAUCCACAUGCUGUCAACAUCCAUCUGUUUUAAUUUUUCAUUCACAUGCAGCAACAAGUUCAGCCCGUAUUUAUACCGUUUCUCUCUGAGUGAAGAUUCCUCUUUGCAGGGAAACUGGACUGAAUGCACUUACUUUGUUUCUCUAUGAAGACAAACGUUCGAUGGAAAACACUGGAGGUUUAAUGCACAUGCUAGCACUAAAUAUAAAAAAAAAUAUGUGUCAGUUUUGAAUCAAAUGGCAUUUUGGCUCAGAUACAGAAUGUGAGUGCAGAGGAUUGACUGAAGUGGCAGCACAGAUCACAUGAAAGGAUUAGUGAUGGAUUUUUAUCCAAUUUACUUUGAGCUACAUAUGGUAGCCUUACAUGCUGUGCUGUGUGGGUUUAAAUGUGAAAAAAAAAUGGCUUCCAGUUAUAAGUGCAGAUAGUCAUUGUGUGAAAUGAGUGAUUCUUUUCUUGAUUUUUUUUUCCAGUCUUGUUGAUAGUGACUACAAAAACUGUAAGUGAUCUAUAUUGUGGAAAUGCAACAGUCGUGUAGCUGGAGUCAACUUCGUCUUUAACUGCAUGUGAUGAUUCGAGAUCUGAAGACAUAUUUUUAUUGCAAUGUGUAGAUUAUAUUCAGGCAUCUAUUUUGGUCUACCAAAAACACGUAGGUCUGUGAAGAGUCUUUCUUAAGAAGAUAUUUGUCCAUUUUUGCAGUCGCACAUAAUAAUACACGGGCAAAACAGACUGGUUUGUGUAAGAGCUUGCAUGUAAAUAAUAUAUUGUACAUAUAAAUGUGUCGCCUGUCUGAAUACCUUGUAUUGCGGGGUAUGUUUUGUACCUACAUUGUAAGUAUUGUUAGAAAUUGUGCAGUUUAUUUUUGUAUUUAUUUGAGGUAACUGUUUGGAUGUGCAGUGCCAUGUGGGUUUCUUUGCUCCAGAAGCAACUGACUCUCAUAAUCAGAUAUUUAACUUAUCCCAUGACACCUUUGAUAAUAAAGGAGCAUAACUAAUUUAUAAUUUAAAUACCAAAAUGUACACACUUUUUCACUUGAAUAUUUAAUUUCCAGUUGACAUUUUCAGAUCAAGAUUUCGUUAAUAUUGUAAAUGAUCAAAGCAUGCCGGAGAAGUUGAAUGGUGUGUUUUACUGAGCUCUACUAGUAUGAAGUGAUGAUCAAUGAAAUACCAUUUACUUGAUUUCACAACUUUCCUCUUCAUGCUCUGUGCGGUUGUUCAGUGAUUUAAGUGAUCCGUUUUGUUAUUGGUCGUGGCAGUUUGAUUGCUGAUGAUAAUGAAUGGUGUGAUUAAGCUUGUUCAGCUUAAAUUAACAAAGACAACAGCAGCGUUUGACUCGUGCUGAUGAAAGAUAAUCCAUGAUUGCAUCGCACCUGAAUUUUUUUACUUUAUCUUUGAGGAAAAAGUUCCUUUUGUUCACAGCCCACACCUGAGGGGGGUAAAGUGAAUUUCCACAGUUACUUUCUGGCAGAGUUAGGAACUACCUGUGUAAUAAUAUACUGUACUGCAUCACUGAAUGGAGAUGCCUCAUCAGACAGAUCUGUGUAUUUACUCAUUCAUCUUUUGGAUUUGUAAAAAUAGUUUUCAUCCUCUUAAGAGUGUCUCUCCAGAUUGAAGUUUCUGUACUUCCAAAGAAAUAUGUCAGACCUAUCUUUUUUGACAUUUGAUCAAUUCUCACAUUUUUAAGUGUUAUCAUGGUAAAAAAAAGAAAAAAAAAUCUUGAAUAUCAAAUAGACUCUGUCCAUUAUUUAUGACAACUGAUUGUUUCUGACGGGUGUCACGGUAUCCCAGACUGUCCCCUGGAUGUGUACUUUUUCGUUCAUGCGUUUUGUCCUCUACAUUGUCUCCUCGCUCACCUCAGGGUGCCUUACAGUUUCAAUAUCUGUCAGAAAUGGAUCCAUACGUUGUGAUGGGUAAAGUAAGCUGCUUCAAAUAAACAAACAGUACUUCCACCAA